GUUUGACGCAUAGUUUGACGUAUGACAACUUUCAUUGUGUUUAUUUGUGUUUUGCGUAUAUAACUAAAAUUGAACGUAUUUAUUGAAGUUUUUAACGUUAAUAAGAAUCUGAUUAAUGGUUAUUGUUUUUUUAACCGUUGCGAUUUUCCUUGUUGACAUAAAUCUUAAGAUUUUUGUGUGAACGGAUUUAAUAAUAACAAAAAUAUUUCAACUGUAAUUGGCCAAGAAAUAAAACUGUUGAAGAAAAAAUGUAAUAAUGGACAAAGAGAUUGUAAACGAGUUUAAAUCUGAAUGGAAAGAAGAAGAUCGCGAGGCUGUAACGCAGGUUUUAAUUACAGAUAAUAUCGAUAAUACGUUAGACAUAAACGCAUUGGAAGAAUUAAAUUCCAAAGAAAUUAAAGACGAGAAUGAAAAAAAUGACACCAAGCCUGAUCAGAAAAAUGAACAUUGUGAAUCUGAUACUGAUGAUAUAUUGGAUAUAAACGUUUUGCAGGAAUUAAACUCGAAAGAAAUUGAAAACAAGAAUCCAAUAAAUGACACCAAACCAGAUGAGACAAAUGAGAAUAGUUUACCUGAUUCUGACGAUAUAUUGGAUAUAAACGUUUUGCAGGAAUUAAACUUGAGAGAAAUUAAAAACAAGAAUCUAAUAAAUGACACCAAGCCAGAUGAGACAAAUGAAAAUAAUUUACCUGGUACCGAUGAUAUAUUGGAUGUAAACGCUUUGGAGGAAUUAAAUUCGAAAGAAAUUAAAAGCAAGAAUGUAAUAAAUGACACAAAGCCAGAUCGGACAAAUGAGCAUAGUUUACCUGAAAACGUUGUUAAUGAAAUGAUGUUGGAAUGGAACGGUGAAACAAGCACAGAUGGUGAAAAAUUUGUACAGAAGACCCAACAUACCAUAGAUGAUGAAAAUGGCCCUACUGACGACCACAUGCGAGUGCUGAACGAGUACUUCGGCCACACCGACUUCAGGCCAAUGCAAUGGUCGAUAAUAUCGUCAAUAAUCCACGAAAAACAAGAUAACUGUUCCAUAAUGGCCACCGGUUAUGGAAAAUCUCUGUGCUAUCAAUUCCCGCCAGUAUAUUUGAAUGGAGUUGCCAUCGUGAUAUCUCCAUUGAUUUCCCUCAUGCAGGACCAAGUGCUCGCUCUAACCGAAGCCGGUAUACCAGCCUGUUACUUGGGUUCAGCAAACAAAAAUUCGGCCGAGACCGAGCGACAGAUUUUCGAGAAUCGUUAUCGGUUAGUUUACAUCACGCCGGAAUUCGUGGACGGGAGUGGACAACCGUUAAUACGAAAGAUGCGGGAAAAAUUAAAGAUUGUUCUGGUGGCCGUCGACGAAGCACACUGCGUCAGUUUUUGGGGCCACGACUUUCGGUUUACGUACCGGAAGUUGCAAGUUAUAAAAGAAAUGUUACCCGAAGUGCCGAUAUUGGCGGUAACUGCUACCGCAACCACCAAAGUCCGGGACGACAUCAUCAAUUCCUUAAAAUUAAUAACCCCUUUAUUAACCUGUUCGGGCUUUAACCGACCCAAUUUGUACUUUGCUGUGUUCAAGAAAUCCUUCAUGAACGUAUGUGACGAUUUCAAUACCCAUGUAAUGGAAUAUAAAGAUAAUAAAUGGACAUUUCUGGGACCUACAAUUAUUUAUUGUCUCAAAAAAAAGGAAGCUGAGGAUAUUUCCUAUAAAUUAAACAAACGCGGUGCCAACACUCUGCCGUACCACGCCGGCCUCGACUUGGACCUGCGCAAAUCCACGCACAUGUCUUUUCUGAAGAACCGCGUCGAGUGCAUAGUGGCAACCAUAGCCUACGGCAUGGGCAUCGACAAGCCGGACGUGCGCAAUGUAGUGCAUUAUGGCACGUCCAGCAGCAUCGAGGGGUACUACCAGGAAGUGGGCCGCGCCGGCAGGGACGGCCGUCCUGCAAGGUGCGUCUGUUUCUAUUCGCAGGAAGAUUUCGAUCUUCACAGAUAUUUGGUAAAAGUAAGUGGAGGCAACGAAGGCAAAAAAGAAAAGCAGUUGCUUUGUCAAGAGAAAUAUUUAAUAACGAGAGAAUGUCGAAGAAAUUAUAUUCUUCGUCACUUCAAUGACGAUGAAGUUCCGGCCAAUCAACCCAAUUGUUGUGACAAUUGCGACAAAAUGAUCGCAAGAAAGUUAAAUGAUUUAAAUUUUACUCAAAAUUUAAAUCACACCAAACCAAAUGAACUUCCAAAAAGAACCAAAAGAAGUUCGACAGAAGAAAUUUACGAGGAGACUUUCGAGACUUCAAGACGUUCUAGGUUUAAUAACCAUAUAUUAAACAUGAUGUUCCCUGAACAGAGACGUAGAAGAAAGUUGGUUAUAGAAGUUAAGAUAGAUGUAUAAGUUAAAAUAAAAUUUAAAAAUUUGUUAUUUUGUUCAAAUAAUUAGCAGUCAUCUAAAAUUAUUUGGUUUAAAUUUUGGUCACAAGUUUAGUUUGGUAACAUAAAAAGGCUGCUAAUAUUUUGGAUCACUUUUAUAUUUAUGGAAUUACAAAUAAUUUUUAUAUUUUGGGUAAUUAGGUACCUAUUGGAAAUGUAAUUUUAUUACAAAUAAAUAAUUAUUUAUA